AUGACUUUCCCAACUUCAAACGCUCGACUUUUAACAAAAGCCAUCCACAAACCGCAUGACUUAACAAGAAAGUUAGUAAACAUGUUGCGAAACUCGCUCUCCGGUUUUCUCCCCGAGGGCAAAAUGCCUCUUCAUUUGUCACAUAUUACAGCAAUACAUUUAAUGGUUAUUUUGUGCUUUUCCCACCAGUGUAACAACUUCUUCAUGUCUACGUAA